UCGUAUUGUUGCUUUGAUAUCACUGUAUUACUUACAACUUUGUUGAUUAGAACUAAAACGAAAUUAAACUGAACUCGAAACUAAUUACGAUAUCUCGCGUAUUGGUUAGUUCGAAAUUUCCCCCAAUAAACUUCCAUCCAUUUCACCACAAAAUUCUCUUUCUUCCCCAUCCAUCUUCAAAACAAACUAACAUCCACUCUUCAAGGCAGAGGAAAUCAACAACAACUUCAAUGACGACCCUUUCCUUUCCCGCCUUUCUUCUCAUCGUUCCCUUCUUUUUCUCAACCCAACCAUUUGUCUCCUCCCUCCUUUCUCGCCAUUCCCUUUGCCGACCUCUCCUCCCGCAAACCCCAACACCCUCCGCCAUUGACGAUCACCAAACAAACAAACACCAAAAAAUUUAAAUACCUUUCAGUGAAAACCAUAACACAAAGCAAACGCAAUAUCAAGAAGAAGAAGACAAAAGGAAAUGGGUCGUGUAAAGCUUCAGAUCAAGAGGAUAGAGAACGUCACGAAUCGGCAGGUCACGUUCUCCAAACGACGAAAUGGCCUCAUCAAGAAAGCUUACGAGCUCGCCAUUCUGUGCGACAUCGACAUCGCUCUCAUCAUGUUCUCCCCUUCCGGCCGCCUCAGCCAUUUCUCUGGCAAGCGAAGAAUCGAAGAUGUGGUUGCUCGCUACAUAAACCUACCGGACCAUGAUCGAGAAUGUGAAGUGAUGGAUCGUGAGCAUUUGCUCAAAAUUCUCAAGAAGCUCAGGACUGACAACGACAUGGCCCUUCAAGCCACCAACCCAGAGGCAACAAACUCAAACAUUGAGGAGCUGCAGCAAGAAGUCUGCAACUUACAGCACCAGAUACGAGCAGCAGAGGACGAAUUGAACCUAUACGAGCCGGACCCUUCGAAGUUCUCGUCGAUCGGGGAGCUAGAGUCCUGCGAGAAGAACCUCUUGGAGAAAAUGGCCCUUCUAGAGGAGCGCAAGAAGUAUCUGCUGAGCAACCAUGUCUCCACUUAUGAUCCUGCAAGCAUGCAGAUCUACUUAGAUGCGCAAGAGGGUCUACCGAAUUUCGACAAUGACCUCGCGAAUUGGCUGCCAGCUGACAAUGGUGGGCACAACCAGCAGAACUCUGUUCAUCAUGUAGUCUCAGAGUCAUCCUGCAUUCCUGUCAGCAACCAGUCAUCCACCUCUAUAUUUGAAGCACUGUCACAAGGGAAUGCAAAUGUUGGGGAUCCUUGUAACAACAUUGGAGGAGGAGGAGAGAACCAUAUGAACAACAACAACAACAACAACAAUAACAGUAAUAACAACAAUGAGAGCAUCUCAUCAUGGCAGCAAGCUUUCUCAUCGAUUUCGCCGACGGAGCUUCUUGCUGGCUUUUUGCCUCCUACUUCUUUUGCUCCCACUAUUAAGCAGCAAGAGGUGGAAGGGCCGAGCUACACAUCAAUGCUGCAUCAGCAGCAAGCUCAUGAGGCUCAAUCAAACUGCCAACAACAGCAGCAUCAUCAAAUGCAAUCAUCGAACAACGGGGAAGGGUCGGAUUAUCAUGAUCAUGAUCAGAAGUUUAUCACACAGCUUCAGGUUGAUUGAUUGACAGUGAUUGACCAAUUUUUGUGCCACAAUUGUUUGAGUGAAGCUCUUCUUGAAUUCAGUAAAGAGGUUCCCUUCUUCUUCUCUUUUUUUUCCAGUUUCUCCAGUUUUUGUGUGUUCUGUUCAAUUAUUUUCUUGUUGUAAACGAAUGAGCAAUCAACUGCUUGAGCGACAGGAAACCGCAAAUAGUAUGAUUCGAAAUCCUGCUUUUCUGAAUAGAGGUCGUCACAUCUGCACAUAAUUUGUUUAAUCAAAACUCACAUAAGAUUGGAUUUUCAGCAUGCUCUUUUCACAAUUCUGAUUAAUUUGAUUCACAUAAAUCAUCAGAUUACCUCAAAGAGAAGGCCAUUAUGAGAGUUAAACGUUUUGGUAAUUCUGAAACAUCACGGGAAUAUUGAUGAUUGACCUAGUGAUUCGAUCGAAGACACUCAUGUUCUUCUCACAGAAAAGAGUUCAAUUUUCAUUACAAUCUAACAAGGAAAAGUAAAGUAUUCAACCAAAAAUGUUAACAGUGUCGCAUACCAUGGGAUGUACAGAGGAAAUGAAGUUGUGGAUUCCCA